AUGACUCUCGAUCGAAUGCCGGAGCGCUCGAUGCAGGGGCAGUUCAUCGCGCUCGACACAUGCGUGCCGCAUUUUCUCACGCUUCGACGGUACUCCGCGGAGAAAGGGGUUCCCGGGGGGCCUUUUGGAGAACUUCGCCUUCGGCUUCCCAGUUUUAUCACGGGGAAGGUGCUCAAGGAGCUUGCUGGGCUUUACCGCCGUCUCACCAACGGCGACCUCCACGCGAUCGCGCUAAAGGAGCGGCUCGCCGAGCUCCAUGCGCGGACCCCCUCACCCGAGGCGAAGGAGCUCAUUCAAAGUUUAUCCGACGCCCUCAGAGUAGAGGAUAAAGGGGUAGUCCCUCCCUCGCACAGCCCCACCAACUCACCAAAAACUUCGGGGAAUAUUUACUUCCGUUUGAAGGGCGAAAACUAA